GAUUAUGCUAACGAAAUGCUGGACACAAUUGAUCCAAUAAAGACAUUAGCCAAUUCAAUUAUCGCUAUACUACUCGCAUUGACUACUGCUAUUUUAAUCGAUUUUGGAUGCUGUUGCUCAGGAAAGAAGAAGGACGAGGCAGAUACACCUGCACAAGACGGCUCUCCAGCAGGACCUGAAGCCCAAAAAACCGUGAAUGCUCCGGGUGGCACUCCGGGUGCCGCUCCGGCCGCCGCAGACGCUAAUGCACCUAAGCCACCUACACAAGGUGGAAUCGCGGGAACAUUUGAUCCAAACUAUCAAACUAUGGCAGGAUUAGGACAGGACGCUUUCGGAGCUGAUAAAAAGGCAGCUGCGGGACCUGCGGCACCUCCGGCACCUCAAGCACCUGCACAAGGUGGUGUGGUUGGAGUGAAUGACCCCAACUAUCAGACCAUGGCCGAUUAUUUAAUGAGAAUGACAAAAGUCAUAAUGAAAGAAACUCAAAAAUACAACUAUUUUUGGAGUGUGAAGAAAAACAAUGAAAUGUCCAUUGAAGGAACAUUCGAUCCGAACUAUCAAACAUUAGCCGGAAUGGGCGAAAAUGUAUUUGGUGAUGAUAAGAAGAAAGCAGCAGGAGGCGGAGGAGCAGCAGCACCACCUCCCAAGGCACCUGCACAAGGCGGUGUAGCGGGUAUGUACUGA